AUGAAUUGUGGAUGCUUUACUGGCUCAUCUAAACACAGGAAAGGGGAUGAUGUGCCGCAGGCUUAUCAUGGCGUAGAUGGGCAAUUACGAGGAAAUGUCAACUAUUUUUCCUACAAGGAAUUGAGAAAGGCAACAGAAGAUUUUCAUUUAAGUAAUAAGAUAGGGAGAGGAGGUUUUGGAACUGUUUACAAGGGAGUCCUAAAAAAUGGAAAGCAAAUUGCAGUAAAGACACUUUCUGCUGAGUCAAAGCAGGGCGUGCAGGAAUUUAGAACUGAGGUCAAUACUCUAUCAGAUGUCAAGCAUCCGAACCUUGUUGAGUUGCUUGGGUGCUGUAUUCAAGGAACCAAGAGGAUAUUGGUCUAUGAAUAUGUAGAAAAUAGCAGUCUUGAUCGUGUAUUAUUAGGUUCAACAAAAAGAAAUUUAAAGCUGGACUGGAAAAAAAGAUCUGCUAUUUGUGUGGGUAUUGCUAAAGGUCUUGCAUUCCUUCAUGAAGAACUUGUGCCACAUAUUGUGCAUAGAGACAUCAAAGCUAGUAAUAUACUUCUUGACGAAGAGUUAAACCCGAAGAUAGGAGACUUUGGAUUGGCUAAACUUUUCCCAGAUAACAUCACUCACAUUACCACAAGGAUAGCAGGAACAACUGGCUAUUUGGCACCAGAGUACGUAUUGGGUGGACAGUUGACCAUGAAGGCGGAUGUUUAUAGUUUUGGAGUCCUUGUACUUGAAAUAAUUAGCGGCAGAAGCAGCGGAAAGCCAAACUGGGGGGACAUGUCAAAAUUACUUCUGGAAUGGGCAUGGCAGCUUCACGAAGAGGGAAGGCUCUUGGAGCUAGUGGAUUCGGAGAUGGAAGAAUUUCCACCAGAAGACGUAAUUAGAUACAUGAAAGUAGCUUUCUUCUGCACGCAAGCGGCAGCCAGCCGAAGACCACUGAUGAGUCAGGUUGUUGAAAUGCUUUCAAAGAAUAUUCGACUCAAUGAGAAGGAACUUACAGCCCCGGGUUUUUUCCAAGAUUCGGAAAGUAGUAGAGGAACUUCAAGUAAAAAAUCAGCCGACUCUACUGUUAGUCAGAUGAGUUCAGUACCAAUUACCAUCACUCAGGUAACCCCUAGGUGA